UCUCGAUAGCUUCUACGGUUAGCAACAUUUUUUUUAAGUUCGUUUUUAUAUCUCAAAAUGAUUCUUAAAGUAUGUCUAAUUGCCCUCAUCUCUGCUAUUUUCUUACCCACGUGGACCAAGAGUAAAUCGCUGACGCCACGAGUUAUAGGAGGCGAUCAUGCAUUUGCUGGGCAAAUUCCAUACAUUGCUGCCAUCUAUAAGCAAACAAACGACGGAAAUUAUUUUUGUGGAGGCGCUCUUAUGAACAACCAGUGGAUUUUAACAUCAGGAAACUGUGUCUACGAGGCAGUUCUUUUUACAAUUUACUUAGGUACCAUAAACUUGAAAGAUGUUGAUGCUAAUAGUCUAAGACUAGCUACAGAUAUUUACGUGAUACAUCCAGAUUUCAAUCCAGACACUCUGGAAAAUGACAUUGGUUUAAUUCAGCUACGCAUACCGAUUACCUUCACAGACUAUAUUAAACCAGUUAAUCAACUUCCAACCUAUGAGCUUCAACCAAAUACUGGUGGCUUAAUGUCCAUGGGUUGGGGACAAACUAGCGAUGAGGACGCUGGAAUAGAAGAUGAACUUCAGUUCGUUUAUCUCCUUCCAAUUUCAAACGACGAGUGUAAGCUGUUUUAUGGUAAUCAAGUUAAAGAUUCCAUGGUUUGCGUUGGAGGGAAUUUCAAUGAAGGUUUUUGCCACGGUGAUAACGGGAUUCCAUUAGUAAGAUAUUCAAAUGGACCGCGUACGACUCAUAUGGGUAUAGCAAGUUUUAUAAGCCAAAAUGGGUGCGAUACUCCGGAACCUUCCGGAUACACAAGAACUUACACCUAUGUAGACUGGAUCAGAAAUGUAACAGACAUAGUUUAACAAAUUUUAAACACACACAAUGUUGUCAUAAAUUUUACGUAAUUUGUAAUGAUAA